AUGCGGGAGGCGACGUUGGUUCCAGGUGUCAUCAGCUACAACGCUGGGAUCAGCGCUUGCGAGAAAGGUGUCCAGUGGCUGCGAGCUCUGUGUCUGCUCAGUGAGAUGCGAGGAAAUGAGUUGGAGGUCGAUGAAAUGACGUACAACGCUGGGAUCAGCGCGUGCGAAAAAAGCAGGCAGUGGCAGCGAGCUCUGGCGCUGCUCAGCGAGAUGUGGGAGGCGAAGUUGGAGCCCGACGUCAUCAGUUACAACGCUGGGAUCAGUUCGUGCGAGAAAGGCGGACAGUGGCAACAGUCUCUCGCGCUGCUCAGCGGUAUGCGGGAGGCGAAGCUAGAUCCAGGCGUGAUCAGCUAUUCCGCUGCGAUCAGUGCGUGCGAGAAACGCUCACGUUGGCAGCAGGCUCUGUGUCUGCUCAGCGAUAUGUUGGAUGCCAAGUUGGAACGCGACAUCGUCGCCUUCAGCGCUGGGAUCAGCGCUUGCAGAACAGGCGACCAGUGGCAGCAGGCCCUGUCGCUGCUCGGCGAUAUGAUAGAGGGGAAUUUGGAACCCAAUGUCAUUCAGCUAUAA